AUAUGGAUACAUUUUCCCCACUUUCCCUUCUUUCGCUUCUUAUAUUAUUGUUUACUUGUCUUAACCUUUCUGCUGCGCACAACAUAACUCAAAUCAAAAGUGAUGAAUCCAUACUUCUUGCUUUGAAAUCCCACAUCACUUUAGAUCCUUUCAAUAUUUUGAAAAAUAAUUGGACCAGUGGAACCUCGUUUUGCACGUGGAUAGGAGUUACUUGUGAUUCACGUUACAAUAGGGUGACUCAGUUGAAUAUAUCGUACAUGGGUCUUGUCGGAACCCUCCCACGAGAAAUCGGGAAUCUUUCUUUCCUUGUCUCUUUAAAUGCGAGUCACAACUCUUUUCAUGGCCUCAUUCCCCCAUCUAUCUUCAACAUGUCAUUUCUAGAAGUUUUGGCACUAAAGAAUAAUAGUUUGUCUAGUAGUUUACCUCUUGAUAUGUGCAUACACAAUCUGCAUAGACUCAAGUGGCUUCGUAUAUCUUACAACGAGUUGUAUGGGGAAAUACCAUCGAGUUUGGGGCAGUGUUCACAGCUUGAGUAUCUUUCUUUGUUCAACAACACUUUCACUGGAUUUGUGCCGACAGAAAUUGGGAACUUGACCAAGCUUCAAGAGUUGUUCCUUAGUGAAAAUAAGUUGACUGGUCCAAUACCAUCUACUAUUGGAAACCUCUCAAACUUGGUAUACUUAGAUCUUGGUUACAACAAUUUAAAUGGUGAGCUUUCAUCCUCCAUCUGCAAUUAACAUAAAAUUUGGAUACACCCUCCAUCAGCAACUUAAUUGACAUUCCUUGAAAUACUUAUUUUCUCUAAUACGUACAGUUUGGAAGGAUUAGUUGCACAAGGUUUUCGAAACUUCAAAUUUUUUUUGAUGAUCUUUCAUUUAAACACAAACAGUUUAGUGGUAAUAAAUUGCAAGAAGUGGGAC